CAGAAUAACUCAUUAGUAUAAAUUGGAGAUAUUUAUUUAAUUUUUUUAGUUUUCGUUUCGCAAGCCUGUGGGACAGUUCAUUUCAAACAACUCCGAAAAAUAUUUUCGUCCAAAAUGGGGGGGCGGAUAUUUCCUCUAGUGUUUUUCAUCGUCGUGUCUUCUAUAUCUGAAGUAAUGUGUAAUGGAAAUGGUAGUUUAACCUUCGUCAUAGACGACACGGGAUCCAUGUUUAACGAUAUAGAUCAAGUGAGGGCAAGCGUGAACCAAAUCAUGGAUACUGUGUUCAAUGAAAAGUCAAGCUUAAUUGACAAUAUGGUUCUGGUCACGUUCAACGAUCCAGAUGCCGAAGUAAGAGUUAAUACUAGAAAUCGCUACCAAUAUAAGAGGAUACUGGACGAAGUUGAGGCUCACAACAUUAUUAACAAUGACUGUUGGGAGCCAGCGAUGAAUGGAGUACUCCUUGGAUUGAAUGAAAGUAAUCGCGACUCCUACAUGUAUGUGUUCACCGAUGCACCCGCCAGAGACUAUAAAGAUGCACCCCGUGUCAUAGAACUCUGCCAGAGAAAACAGAUUCAGAUAGUUUUCGUGCUUACUGGAAACUGUCAUGGACAACACGGAGUUGAAGCUUCAAAUGUAUUCUUUGAAAUAGCGAAGGCAUGUUCGGGACUCGCGUUCGAGAUUGAUAAAAGCCAAGUUUCUGAGGUGCUUGGACCUAUUAAAGAACUUAUAAAGGGCAAUAAAAGUAUUUUUGUAUCGACAACCAUAGAAGCCAAUGUUUAUAAAAAUAUCACAUUCAGAAUAGAUACCCACACUGACAACGCCAUAAUUUCUGUAUCUGGUAAAAUACCAUAUCUGGAAAUAAAUGGACCUGGGGUUCAAUUAGAAGACCUGAUGCGAAAUCAUAAUGGAAUGGUGGUUAAACUUAACAACAUCAGGCCUGGCGAAUACGUGGCUACUGUGGGUAGUAAGUCGAGAACAUCUAUCAUCAUUGUGGGCAGAACGGAUUUCUUUUUCACUCCUGGCUUUUCUGAGUCAAUGCCCAAGUCAGCAAAGGACGUAACGCCUCAGCCCAUCGCUGAUACGAAAGUUCAUCUAUCUGCAUCCGUCAUCGAUGAACAUAAUUCUGUGCAAAUAGUAACAGCGGAGAUUGUACAAAUGAACGACCAAGUCAUACAAACGCUUCCUUUAAUCAAGGUUUCGAAAGAUUUUUACGUGACACAGCCAUUUGUGGCUCCGUCGCAAAUGUUCAAAGUAGUUGUGAACGGUAUAGUGAAAGCAACGGGAUUGCCCAUAAAAAGGAUCGCCAAACUCCCAGUUACUUCGAUACCACAACCAAAAAGGCGACCUACUGCAGUUAUAACACAAGUGAAGUUAACUUGUAAAGUUGAAGCGCACCCAGAACCCAAAAUCACAUGGGUUAACAGCAAAGGAUCUAUAAUCCAAUCGACGACAUCACGUACAGACGUACCCUAUGAAUACAUUAGUGAUAUAAAAACACAGGUCUCUAAAAGUGAUAAAUUCAUUUGCUAUGCCGAGAACAACGAAGGGAAAUCCUCAGCCUCUGCAACGGUCACAGUUAGGGAUCCUUUUGUUGUGAAAGAAGUUCCAUCAGACACAGCUGUCGCGGCGCAGUGGGCAGCAUAGAAGGUGCCGCAUGGUUUGUGGUAUGGCACCACACCCGAAGGUUAUUAUUGUGGUUAAGGUUAAGAUACUAUUGAGGAGACGUAUUUUUUUUUAAUAUAAUUACUUCUUCACUACGUAAUGUAUAAUGUAAUAA